AACAUAUUUGUCUCUAUUGAGCCUCAUGAAAUGCAGGCAGGAGGAAAACUUGAUGAUUGAAGUAUAACUGGGAAAUCUCUCAUGUGUCAUGAGUAUCUUAGUCACCAUAAUAAGAUUCAUAUGGGACAGCAGCUUUUUGAAUAUAGUGGACAAGGAAAAGCUUUCAGCACUGAGGCAGAGAAGGUUCAUGGUAGAGAGACUGCAUGUACUUAUAAUGAAUAUGGGAAAUCCUGUGAUAAGUCAGCACUCUCUUCCCAGAAGAUAAAUGUUGAAUGUAAUGUAUGUGGGAAAAUGUUCAGUAAAAAGUCUAAACUUACCAAACAUCAGAAAAUACACACAGGAGACAAACCCUAUAAAUGUAUACAAUGUGAGAAAUCCUUCAUUAGGAAAUCACACCUUGCAAAUCAUCAGAGAACACAUACACAGGAGAAACCCUUUGCAUGUACCAAAUGUGAGAAAUCCUUCUGUCAGAAGUCAAAUCUAAUUGUUCAUCAGAGAAUCCACACAGGGGAAAAGCCCUAUGAGUGUCAUGAAUGUGGGGAAACCUUCUGCCAAAUGUUAGCCAUUAUUUAUCAUCACUGAAUACACACAGGAGAAAAACCCUAUGAAUGUAUGGAAUUUGGGAAAACCUUCUACCAGAGGUCAGCCCUCAAUGUACAUCAGAGAAUUCACACAGGAGAGAAACCAUGUAAGUGUAAUGAAUGUAGGGAAACUUUUUAUCAGAAGUCAGUCCUCACUGUACAUCAGAGAAUUCACACAGGUGAGAAUCCGUAUGAAUGUAAAGAAUGUAGGAAAACUUUCUACCAUAAGUCAGCCCUCACGGUACAUCAGAGAACUCACACAGAUGAGAACCCAUAUGAAUGUAAAGAAUGCAGGAAAACUUCUGCUCAGAAGUCAAAACUUUCUGUAUAUCAGAGAACUCACACAGGGGAAAAACCCUAUGAAUGUAAUGAAUGUGGAAAAACAUUUUGCCUGAAUUCAAUUCUCAUUAUACAUCAAAGAACUCACUCAGGUGAGAAACCAUAUGAAUGUAAUAAAUGUGGAAAAACCUUUAGCCAGAAGUCAAAUCUCAGGAUGCGUCAGGGUACUCACACAGGGGAAAAACCCUAUGAGUGUAAUGAAUGUGGGAAAACCUUCUACCAGAAGGCAGUACUCACUAAACAUCAGAGGACUCACACAGGGGAAAAACCCUAUGAGUGUAGUGAAUGUGGGAGAACUUUUAGCCAGAAGUCAAACCUGAGGAUGUAUCAGAGUACUCACACAGGGGAGAAACCCUACAAAUGUAGUGAAUGUGGAAAAUCCUUCUACCAGAAGACAGUGCUCACUACGCAUCAGAGAACUCACACAGGAGAAAAACCCUAUGUUUGUAACGAAUGUGGAAAAACCUUUCAUCAGAGGGCAAACUACAGCAGGCAUCAGAAAACUCACAUGGGACAGAAGCCUUAUAAAUGUAAUGGAUGUAGGGAAACCUUCUUCCUCUACCUGAAAGAAUUCACACAGGGAAGAAAUCCCAUGAAUGUAAUGAAUGUGGGAAAACAUUCUACCAGAAGUAAUCCCUCAUGAUACAUGAAAGAAUACACACAGGGGAGAAACCAUAUCAGUGUAAAGAAUGUGGGAAAAGCUUUUGCCAGAAGUCAACCCUCAGUAGACGUGAGAGAACUCACACAGGUGAGAAACCAUAUGAAUGCAAAGAGUGUAGGCAAGCUUUCUACCAGAAGUCAGCGCUCACUGUACAUUACAGAACUCACUCAGGUGAAGAGGCCUGUUAACAUACUGAAGGUGUGAAAAGCCUUAUUAGCAAAUGAAAUCCUACAGCCUAUCAGUGGAUGCAUACAGGAAAUAAACCCUGUGCAUGUAACCAGUGAGAGAAAUCCUUCAGUUACAAGUCAAGCCUUACUGUCCAUCAGAGAAAUCACACAAGGAAAGCCCUAUGACUGUAUGAGUGUUGGAAACAGCUUUUAGUAGAAGUCAGACUUCAGGAGGCAUCAAGAAAUUCAUACAAGGGAGAAAGCUUAAGAGUAUAAUGAAUGUGGGCUGGGUGCAGUGGCUCACGCCUGUAAUCCCAGCUCUUUGGGAGGCCAAGGCGGUUGGAUCAUGAGGUCAGGAGAUCGAGACCAUCCUGGCUAAGAUGGUGAAACCGUGUCUCUAAUAAAAAUACAAAAAAAUUAGCUGGGCAUGGUGGUGGGUACCUGUAGCCCCUGCUACUCAGGAGGCUGAGGCAGGAGAAUGGCAUGAACCUGGGAGGCGGAGAUUGCAGUGAGCCAAGAUCAUGCCACUGCGCUCCAGUGACAAAGUGAGUCUCCAAUCUCAAAAAAAAAAAGAGUGUAAUGAGUGUGCAAAAUCCUUUUGUCUGAGGUAACACCUCAGCAGGUAUUAGGGAAUUCACACAAGAGAGAAAUCCUGUGUGUCAGAGACUGGCUGUGUGUUCUACAAAAUUCACCCUUUUAUCUGUUGGACACACAGACUGCAUUUCUCAGCCCCCUGUUAUUGUGGGUGCAUUAUAUAACAGCUCUGUAGUAGAAUAUGUAUGCAAGUAGCCAGGCACAGUAGCUCACGACUGUAAUCCCAGCACUUUGGGAGGCUGAGGUGGGCAGAUCACGAGGUCAGGAGUUUGAGACCAGCCUGACCAACAUCGUGAAACCCUGUUUCUACUGAAAGAUAUAAAAAUAAAUAGCCAGUCAUGGUGGUGUGCACCUGUAAUCCCAGCUACUCUGGAGGCUGACGCGGGAGAAUGGUGUGAACCCAGGAGGCAGAGGUUGCAGUGAGCUGAAAUCGUCCCAUUGCACUCCAGCCUGGGUGACAGAGCAACACUCCAUCUCAAAAAAAAAAAAGUAUGUGAGUGAUGAUCCUUACGGGCCUGGCUCUCACACAGAGUGACAUAAAGCCUUCCACAUUUUCUCAGAUCCUGUGGUACCGAAGUACUGAUGACCCCUAUGAUGGCCUUGGGAGCCAUAGGUGGGAAAAGGUGACUGCUUUAAGACUGAAGGAAUUACAUACACCUACUAUGUCCCAACAAAAAUUAAAAAUAAAAACAUUGAACUGAUUGUCUAUCCUUGGCUUACUCCUUUAGGACAUGUGUUAAUCCAUGGCAAGUGGCGCACACAAGUGUGGCAGCGUUUUUUCCGAGUACAGUAGUUUAAUGGGGAAGAACAGUAUUGAAGAACAUGUCAAAAACAGAAACAGACACCUGCUGAGGCAAGAGUCUCAGUCAUAGCCUGCCUUCAUCUCUGAAGGGACCAGGCGACCCACGGAGUGCCUCGGCAGCCUUGUCAUUGCAUGCAAUCUUCACAGACAAGAUCUCACUGCAACCACCUUUCUACAGGAGCACAGUUGUGACAUUAUACUGAUGACAUCAUUCUCAGAGAAAAUUCAUUUUACACACUAAGGACACACAGAUACAAGGAGGCUUACACAAAGGGAAUGGACCUUUCCCUAACACACUGGUGCAAGGCCCUGCCACUUUGCUUCAAUUCCUGAAAAUUCCUUGGUAAACAUGGGGCUGCCCUAUUCCUGAGACUUUCAAAAAAUAGUUAUUGAUCCUCUCAGCAUCCACAAUGUUAAUACAAGCCCAACAGUGUUUAAUUUGUGUUUUGUUUUUUGGAGGCACAGUCUUGCUCUGUCACCCAGACUGGUGUGAAGUGGCACGAUUUCAUCUCACUGCAGCCUCGACCUCCUGAGCUCAAGCAAUUCUCCCAUCUCGGCCUUCCAAGUAGCUAAGACUGCAGUUUAGGCUAUGAGCAGAGAUGGACGAGGUGGCUACUGCAAUGGAUCAAGGCUAUGAGCAGAGAUGGACGAGGUGGCUACUGCAAUGGAUCAAGGCUAUGAGCAGAGAUGGACGAGGUGGCUACUGCAAUGGAUCAAGGCUAUGAGCAGAGAUGGACGAGGUGGCUACUGCAUUGGAUCAAGGCUAUGAGCAGAGAUGGACGAGGUGGCUACUGCAAUGGAUCAAGGCUAUGAGCAGAGAUGGACGAGGUGGCUACUGCAGUGGAUCAAGGCUAUGAGCAGAGAUGGACGAGGUGGCUACUGCAAUGGAUCAAGGCUAUGAGCAGAGAUGGACGAGGUGGCUACUGCAGUGGAUCAAGGCUAUGAGCAGAGAUGGACGAGGUGGCUACUGCAAUGGAUCAAGGCUAUGAGCAGAGAUGGACGAGGUGGCUACUGCAGUGGAUCAAGGCUAUGAGCAGAGAUGGACGAGGUGGCUACUGUAAUGGAUCAAGGCUAUGAGCAGAGAUGGAUGAGGCAGCGGCUGUAAUGGAUUAAGGCUAUGAGCAUCUUGUGAAGUAGGAUGAUAAUCUGUAAAUAUCAGAAUGAAGCCAAACUUACCAGUUCAAAACUGGAUUGUAAAAUAGCUCAAAAAAGACUGAAAACACAGCUCUACACAUUAGGAGGCUGAGGCAGCAGAUUGCUUAAGUUCAAGAAUUGCAGACAAGUCCAGGAAACAUGGAAAAACCGUCUCUACAAAAAAAAAAAUAUUUUUAAUUAGCUGGGUAUGGUGAUAUGAGCCUGUGGUCCCAGAUUUUCAGGAGGCUGACGUGAGAGGAUUGCUUGAGCCCAGAAGGCAGAGGCUGCAGUGAGCUCUGAUCACGCCACUGCCUAGGUGACAGAGUGAGACCCGUCUCAAAAACAAACAAAAAUAACAAACAAAAACAGCUCUAAACGAAGGUGGCUAGAAAAGUAGCUCAAGUUGUUCCUGUCUGGUUAAACACAAACAUAAAUGAACUACUUAUGUGCCCCAGUGGCUUCAUAAUGCUGAGAGCAAAGUCAAUUAUUCUAGCAGGUUCUAGAAAACUUCAUCAUAUCAUGGGGUUCAAUGAAAAUAUCAAAUCAUAAAUAUAAUAAUCAAAUCUGAAAGUGAAUCUAGUUUCAAAGACCUCAGAAGCCACUGUGUAGGAAGCUCCUUUCAGAUAGAGACAAGGGAUUAUCUGACUUCUCUAUCUUUCAAUAAGAGAAGAUUAUUUCAAUAUUUGAAUUAAGAUUAUUUCAACAUUUUAAUUGAAAUAAGAUUAUUUCAACAUUUGAAAUAAAUAAUAAAUUUGAUUAUUUCUCUAUCUUUCAGAUAGAGACAGGGGAUUUUUUGACUUCUUAUCUCUGUUGUGUAGCACAAUGUCCAGAACACAACAGAUAUUCCAUAUCCAUAGUCACAUCCUAUGUAUGUGUAUUUCUUUUCCAGCAAGGACUAGAGGUCCUAAGGUUUGUUUAUAUGGUAAGCCAGUGCCCAAAUGAGCAGGAGAAUCUUAGCACAGUCACCUACACACUCAUUUCAAUGCUCUGGCCCCUUAUCCAGGCUAGUCAAAGUGUGGUCUAUGGUUUUGCAUUUUAAGGGAUCCCCGGGUGAAUCUUGUGGCUGUCAAAGGAGGAGAAGCACUGCCCUCAAAAUAUAGAAAAGGUGAACUAAUUUAUCCUGGCAGGCUGGCUAUUUAUUUGUGUAUUUAUUUAUCUUGUUGAUGGGAAAAUUCAAAUUGACAUACACAAUCACCCCCAUAAGGAUUUCAGGUAAAAAACAAAGGUUUAGAUAUCAGAUGUGUUUUACAAUUACCACACCAGUCUUUUUACUACAGCAUCUAGUAGCACAUUUCCAAUAGAUUUAGGUGAAAAUUUCUAUCUCAUGAGCCUUCUGUCAGUGUUUUUAAAAUUGGAUUCUCUAUUAGUGGCCAUAUUGAAUCUCUUACAGGCAUCUCACUCAAACUGCAGUCAUACUUUCCAAUAGGCCCCAUAAAAAUCCUUGUUCUGGAGCAAUGUAAUAUAUUUAUCCACCUCGUUAGACACUUAUGUAAGUAUAAUAAUACAAGUUUUGUGUGUGUUUGUGUGUAUUGUGUAGCUUGUGGCCUCUUGCCCAGUUUCUGCAACACCCGAAGCUGAUGCAAGUUUAAUGUAAAUAACGUCCAGCAAUGUUAGAAAUGUUGACUUCUAUGAGCCCAUCAGGAAAAAAAGGUGAAUGUUAUUGUAGAGGAAAUUUUCAUUCUGGAAAAAAUGCAUACUGUUUAAAUAUUACUUUCAUGCUUUCUGCAGAUAUUAUACACAGAUAUUAUAUUCCAAGGGUUAUGUUUCAAAGUCUUCAAAAAUAGAAAAUACAUUUUCUAUUUCUAGCUGAAAAUAAUAACAGUAAUUAGCCUACCUUUGGGGAAAUGUGAUAAAAAUACUAAUGAACAUCACAACUCAUUUAAAAGCAUAAAAUGUGCAAUGAUUUAAACUACAUGUUCUUUCUAUGAAUCUGCAUAGAAAUAUAGACACAUUUGAUGAAUGCUAUUUAAAGUCUGAGUGCUUUGGUAAAUGACUCAUCUAUAGGUUGAAGGGAUUACUUUUAUCUGCCUUCAUAGUGAGAAUUAGAUUUCUAUUCUUUAUAAAGCAGGGAAUACAGAUUGUGCAUGGAUUAAAAGCAUUCAAUCCUUAUUAAUAAUGAUGGUAGCUGCGCUGCAGAAAAGAAAGCCUGUCAGAAUAACGUAUUCAGUUUUACAUCAUAAUCAGAGGUAUGUCGAUCUCUGUUGAAGGCAGAAUUAAAAACGCCUUCAACAUUUUUAAAAUAAUAGAUGAAAAACAUCUCAAACUCACUUUUAAAAUUUGAAUUGAUGAUUCCACAUAACAGGAAAAGGACCAAGAACAUCUUAAAUACUUCACGAUGGAAGUGAUGUUUUAAGUGCAAUUUCAUCAAGGAGAAGUUUUUCCAGAAAGUCUUUUGACCUCAGUAAGAAUCUUAUUUACUCUUGUAAAUAGUUUCUAGUAAAAUGAGAAAGACUUGAUUUUUUAAAAACAAUAAAAAAUUUACAUGGUUUAAUCUAAUGUUGUGAUUUCGAAAGUACUACUUGUGCCCUUAUAGUUACGCAUGUGUAUUUAUACGCAUUUUCUUGGCUCAUUCAAACGCCAAUAAAAUACUUUACUAUCCA